AUGGCCAAGGGCUUGGAAGACUCCAACAUUUGCCCCAUCUACAAGCGGAAAUCCAAGCGUGAUCUUCGCAACUACCGUCCAAUUGCUCUGCUUGAAAUCCCCUCGAGGAUUUUUGAGCGUAUCAUAGCUCAAAAGUUGGUUCACCAUGCCAUUACCAUGAACAUCCUCGCCCCUGACCAAGCCGCUUUCCUACCUGGCCGUUGCACUGGCGAUGUGAUAGUUGUCUGUGGUGGCACGAGUUCCUCCCUUUUCUGCGAGUCGGCUGGGGUCUGUCAAGGUUCCUGUCUUGGUCCAGUUUUGUGGCUAUACUUUUUUUCGCCUAUUCACUCCUCCGCUGUUGGUAAUGCUGGCCCUGGUCUCUCUACAUACACCUUCGCUGAUGACCACACUCAAGGCUCUAAGGACCCCCACUUACUGACCAAAGGUGAAGCGGGCGCUGUCGCCUUCACAAACGGUGCCAGAAUUACUAUGGAGCCUGCUAAAAAGGUUGUCGGCACAUAUGCUAAUAGAGCACCUAAGUCUCAACAGGAGUGUGCCAUCCUACUUGGUCUCAGGUUGGAUGCUGCUCUGUCCAUGUCCAACCACUUUGAUACGUUUUGA